GUUUCGAAGUGCUGCCAUUCAGAAUAGACGUGCAAAGAUUUUCAAGAAAACAGAUGGAGGAAUACCAGAGAAGAUCAUCUACGGUCGAGUUCGACCCCAUGUGUGACAAAGACAAUCCUCAAAUAAUAAGUUUUGAGGACGUAUCAGCAGCUGCCUAUAGGAUCCAGAGCGGGAUUAUAAAAACGCCAUGCGUGAAAUCUCACAUGUCAUCUAUUUUUGAAAUGGAUAUUUAUCUCAAAAAUGACUUUCUGCAACACACUGGCAGUUUCAAAGAACGUGGGGCUCGUAACGCCCUCAUUUUGCUAUCAUCCGAGGCAAAAACUCGCGGUGUGAUAUCAGCUUCACUCGGAAACCACUCCCAGGGUCUCAGCUACCACGCACAACAGCUGAACAUACCGGCCACUGUGGUCAUGCCAAAUGUGGCACCCAUCAUGAAAAUACAGAACUGCCGUUCGUACGGCGCUAACGUCGUCAUCCAUGGGCACGACAUGAAGGAAGCGAAGUACCAUGCUAUGACGCUAGCCAAGGAGAGGGGACUCACAUACAUUAACGGCUACGAUCACCCUCACAUAAUGGCCGGUCAAGGCACCGUGGGGUUGGAGAUAGUGGAACAGGUUCCUGAUGUAGACGCGGUCAUCGUCCCCGUGGGCGGCGGCGGUCUACUCGCCGGAGUCGCCACUGCCAUUAAGAAUAUUAAGCCCCAUGUUCUCAUAUACGGCGCUGAAACCGAAAAAUGUCCAAGCAUGAAGAUGGCUAUCAAACAUCAACAGCCAGUGAGCGUCAAUAUCCGGUCCACGCUAGCGGACGGGCUCGCCGUGCCCACGGUCGGCUACAACGCCUUCAAAACAUCGAAAUCGCUCAUGGAUAGGAUGAUAACAGUAAACGAGGAUUGGAUUGCUCGCGCGAUUCUGCGUUUGGUGGAACAAGAAAAGUAUGUUGUGGAGGGCGGCGGCGCUGUCGGAGUGGCGGCUAUCAUGGCCGGACUCGUGCCCGAGUUGGUUGGGAAGAAGGUGGUAUGUAUUCUGUCGGGUGGUAACAUCGACACCACAAUCCUCGGUCGUUGCUUGGAGCGGGGUCUGGCCGCGGAACAGAGGCUCGUCAAAUUCAAGGUCACCGUCAGCGACCGACCCGGAGGCAUCGCGGAACUGUGCAAACUCAUCUCCUCCAUAGGAGUAUCUAUCAAGGAUAUAAUGCAAGAACGAGCUUGGGUCUUUGGCGACAUAUUUAGCGUUAGGGUGAAAGUCGUUUGUGAAACCAGAGGUCCGGAACAUUUGGAGGAGCUGGAGAAAAUGAUAACUGACACAUAUAAAGAGUGGAAUUUCUCCAGGGAUUGUGAAGAAUUUGACAGAAAUGAUAGAAGACUGAGCACGUUCUCCAUCGAUGAAGUUUCUAAUUAAAUCGAUGUUCUGGAAUUCAGAUGAAAAAAAAUACGGAAAUUUUAUGAAUGAAUAUAAAUAAAAUAUAUGUGAUAUUAAAUCUUGAAA